GUGGCUUUAGGUUUUCUAACCCCUCUAACCUUAAAUUGCUAGCGAUUCCAGCUGUUUUCCUUAAAGAUAUUGUAAUUUCAAUAAUUCUCUAAAAUAUUUUGGGAAGAUAUGGACAGUUGUGAACGAAGACUCACUCCAUAUGAAAAAUACCAUUACAUUUCGAGAAACCUCCAAGAGGUUUUGGGCGAAGACAAAAUUAAGGAAGUUCUGGCACAGCGAGAUCUAAAGAUAUACUGGGGUACUGCUACUACAGGAAAACCACACGUAGCCUAUUUUGUUCCAAUGUCAAAAAUAGCUGACUUUCUGAGAGCGGGCGCUGAAGUGACGAUUCUUUUUGCAGACCUACACGCAUAUUUAGAUAACAUGAAAGCUCCAUGGGAAUUAUUGGAACUGCGGACAAAAUAUUAUGAACAUUGUAUUAAAGCCAUGCUUGAAAGCAUAGGUGUGCCUCUGGAAAAGCUUAAGUUCAUUAAAGGCACCGAUUACCAGCUCUCCAAGGAAUAUACUUUAGAUGUUUAUCGGUUGACUUCAGUUGUUACAGAGCAUGAUGCAAAGAAGGCAGGUGCUGAAGUGGUUAAGCAAGUGGAACAUCCCUUGUUAAGCGGUUUGUUAUAUCCAGGUCUUCAGGCACUAGAUGAGGAGUAUCUCAAGGUGGAUGCACAGUUUGGAGGAGUUGAUCAAAGGAAAAUAUUUACAUUUUCUGAGAAAUACUUACCUCAACUAGGAUACAAAAAACGGGCACAUCUGAUGAAUCCAAUGGUGCCGGGCUUAACGGGGGCAAAAAUGUCAUCGUCGGAGGACGAGAGCAAGAUCGAUCUUUUGGAUUCGCCCGCGAACGUUAAGAAAAAACUAAAAAAGGCGUUUUGCGAGCCCGGCAAUAUCGAAAACAACGGAGUGUUGUCGUUUGUCAAGCACGUCAUAUUUCCCCUUUUUGAAGCGGGUAGCGAGUUCGUCGUGCCUAGAAAACCGGAAAAUGGAGGCGACAUUCCUUUCGACAGCUUCGUCAAACUCGAGGAGGCGUUCUCGAAGCAGGAAGUGCAUCCGGGCGAUUUAAAAGCCGCCGUAGAAGGCCACAUUAACAAACUGCUCGCUCCCAUUAUAAAAGUCUUCUCGAAUGCCGAACUCAAAAAAUUGUCCGAAAGGGCGUACCCGCAACUCGCAAAACACAAAAGUGGGACUGCGGUUUCUGCUGUCUCGGAUGAGGUUAGUCCGAGCAGGUUGGACAUUAGGAUAGGCAAGAUCGUCGAUGUGUCGAAACAUCCCGACGCGGACGCCCUCUAUGUGGAAAAGAUCGAUUUAGGUGAGGAGAAACCGAGAACUAUUGUUAGCGGGUUGGUGAAUUUCAUCCCGAUCGAGGAGAUGCGCGACCGUAUGGUGGUGGUGUUGUGCAACCUUAAGCCGGCAAAAAUGAGGGGCGUCGAGUCGCAGGGAAUGGUACUUUGCGCUUCCGUCGACGAUCCCAAACAAGUCGAGACGCUGAUCCCGCCAGAGGGCGCGGUACCGGGCGAGAAAGUGUUUGUGGAAAACUUCGAGAGCGGACAAGCGGACGACGUCCUGAAUCCGAAAAAGAAAAUUUGGGAGAAGCUCCAGGUGGACUUGAAAACCAGCUCCGAGUGUCUGGCACAGUGGCAGGGAAAUAACUUGCUAACCAAGUCGGGCGGUAAAAUAAAGAGCAAAUCGAUGGCUGGCGCACCGAUUAAAUGAAUAUUUAGUUGAUUGUUUACACUUUUUAUUUUUGUUAUACUAAUCGCUUAUUAAAAUUACUGCAAAACGGGAGAGGAGUUUAUUUUGAAGAAAACAGGGGCG